AUGACCGUUCUAAGUGGUGACCAGAAAGUGCCAACGCGACUACGGACAAAAUUAGAAAAGACCAGCAGAAUUCGUACCCUGUCACCUUAUGUUGAUGAAUUUGGCGUGCUCCGCUCGGACAGUCGAAUUGCUGCGGCUACGUAUGCAGCUUAUCACACUAGAUACCCCGUUAAUCUACCGAAGGAACAUCUAGUGACUCGCUUACUGGUGAGUUGGUAUCAUCAAGAGUAUUUGCACGCGAAUGGAGAGACCGUGGUUAAUGAGCUGAGGCAACGCUUUCAUGUAUCGAAGCUGAGAUCACUAGUCCGCGAGGUCGGAAAGGGAUGUAUGAAAGGUAAAAUUCAGAAGGCGGUUCCAAUGGUUCCUCGUAUGGCACCACUCCCGGCAGCAAGGCUACAGGCAUUUACCCGCCCGUUUUCAUACGUGGGGGUAGAUUUUUUCGGGCCUAUUGCGGUACGUAUCAAUCGCAGUAUUCACAAGCGUUGGAUAGCGCUAUUUACGUGCAUGACAACCCGUGCCGUACACCUCGGAGUGGUACACACUCUAUCAACUGAGUCCUGUAAAAUGGCCAUCCGACGUUUCAUAGGACGCCGAGGUGCACCGGUAGAGAUACGAAGCGACAGAGGUACGAACUUUGUAGGAUCAAGCAAUGAGCUACUAAAGGAGAUGAACGAGAUUAAUUCACAACUUGCGGAGACGUUCACAAACGUGGGCACAAGAUGGGUGCUUAAUCCACCGGGAGCGCCACACAUGGGUGGCGCAUGGGAGAGACUGGUUAGGUCAGUUAAGACGUUGGUGGUGGAGGCUGAGAGUGUGGUGAACUCGCGUCCACUGACGUAUAUUCCACUCGAGACAGAGCAGCAAGAGGCUUUAACACCGAACCAUUUCCUUUUACUAAACUCAAGUAGUGUGGUUCAAACCCCAAAGAAUCUUUCGGAUCCCAAAUUGGCGGGCAGAGCGGAGUGGAAUUUGUGUCAGGUAAUGCUGGACGCUUUCUGGCGUCGUUGGGUCCGCGAAUACCUCCCAACAAUCGUACGGCGUACGAAGUGGACUGAGGAAGUGCCACCGAUUGGAGUUGGCGAUAUAGUAGUCGUGGUAGAGGAGAAAGUGAGAAACGGAUGGAUUCGUGGAAGAGUUGUCGAGACUAAACCUGGAAGGGACGGAAGGGUUCGCUCGGCGGUAGUACAGACGGGCAACGGACUCGUACAUCGACCAGUGUCAAAGCUGGCGCGCUUGGACUUAGAAACGGACUCCGGGGAAAGUAAAGCGGUCUCGGAAAAGGAACCAGCUUUACGGGUCGGGGAACUGUAA